AUGACCGUCCACAGCCGGAUAUGUUUGUCAGCAGCCUUGUUUGUUAUGGUAAGCCGGCCUCAAGGGCUUUAAAUUUUGGAUUACUGUAGAUUACUGUACAAUUUUUGCUUUUGACCUGUAAAAAAUGAUAAUACAGUAACUUCCAAAAAUUUUUGAGACAGAAAAAAAAUUAGAUUUUCAAAGUUUUUUAGUCAUCAUUUUUAAUUUUCCAUCGAUUACUGUAACUUCUAACCAAUUUAUUUUUUCAGUUCUGUAGUGCCUUUGUCAGUAGCGCCGUUGUAGUUCGUUUGCCAGUAGCUCCAACCAGAUCCGGUAAGUUCAAUUUUUUCAAUACCAAAAUUCCCCGAAAAAACCCCCAAAAUUCCAAGAAAAAAUCGUACCAAAUCUGAUAAGAACCCUCGUGCUGACAGCCCAACGUUUUUUCGAAACUCAAAAAGUACAAGUCAAAGAUUAAAAACCGCCAAACAGUUUAAUUAAUUUCCCAACCUUGUUUUCGAAUGGCGGCUGAAAAGUGUGUAGACAACAUCGGUGACGGACGGCAUGUCAUUACGUCCGUUGACGCCAUUUCGAGCAUUCUUUUGAGUCUCAAGGGAGCUGAGCGGGAUUUGGAACGAUUUUUUGGGGGGAAAUCGAUUUUUGAAUACGUGACUUUUGUGUCGAAAAAGUGAUUUUUAUUAUACCAAUCUGUCGGAAAAAUAAUGUGGAUUGGUCGUGGCAAAAUAUCUCGCCUUUCGCGAGCCAAAUCUCCAGCCGCUGCAAGCCAUUGCAAAGCGAUAAUGGACGAUUCCAAAGCGCGACAAAUCCACAUUAUUUUCCCGACAGACUGAUAUAGCCGAAAACAGGCUUUUUUGCAACUUGAAAUUUCAAAAAAAAAAAAAAAUAAAUAAAUAAUUUUGUCGUAUUGUCCAUCACUUCUACAAAAACUAACUUCUAAAAUAGUCUUCUUCACUCCAGCCCUCUUCACGAAACGUGCUCUGGACGCGCUAGAAGGAUCAGAUUUUGGCCUGAAACGGAAGCGAGCCCUCGACUCGCUAGAAGGUUCAGAUUUCGGCCUCAGAAAGCGCGCACUCGACUCGCUGGAGGGCAGUGAUUUCGGGCUUCGGAAACGAGCGCUGGAUUCGCUGGAAGGCGCGGAUUUCGGGCUGAAGAAGCGGGCACUCGACUCGUUGGAGGGUGCUGACUUUGGACUAAAAAAGAGAGCGCUGGACUCGCUGGAGGGUGCUGAUUUCGGGCUGAGGAAACGGGCGCUGGACUCGCUGGAGGGUGCUGACUUUGGCUUGAGGAAGCGAGCGCUAGAUUCGUUGGAAGGAUCGGACUUUGGGCUAAAGGUAAGACAUUCUGAACAGACUUUUUUGCUACAUAUCUUUUGUCGCAUAAAUCAGCACUAAUUUUGUUUACAACAAUCUAAGAGUGCAAGCAUCUUAAUUGCAGUUAAUUUUACAAAACUAAUUUUCAGAAACGCGCUCUCGACGCCUUGGAAGGAACGGGAUUCGGGUUUGACAAACGAGCCCUGGACAUGCUGGAAGGCUCGGACUUCGGGCUCAAGAAGCGAGCGCUCGAUUCGCUGGAAGGUGCUGAUUUCGGACUGAAAAAGCGAGCCUUGGACUCGUUGGAGGGCUCUGAUUUUGGGCUCAGGAAACGAGCGCUGGAUUCGUUGGAAGGAUCAGACUUUGGAUUGAAAAAGAGGUCACCCAUCGCGCGGUUUUAUGCGACAGGUAAGGAAUUUCAUAGUUAAUUAAUGUAAAAUCAAAAUUUUGAGUAAAUUCAGCCCUUUUUUCGUUUUGAGUCAAGUUUUUCUCUGGCUGAGACAAGUGUUUCCUUGAUAUUUCACAGCAGAAUUUUUUUGUUGCGCUGUUUCUUACGCCUAAAUUUUGUUUUUUUUAUCACCAAAUCUUUUAUUUUUGCUUCGGGUCAAGUUUUUCUCUGCGCCGAGUCAAGUCUUUCCUUUGCUAAAUUUUAGGUCCAAUGUAUUAGUUUGACUAAAAAUUGUCUUCUGUUUACUCAAUUGUUAUUUUCCGGCUUUGGGACAACUCUUCUUUACACUUUGGGUCAAGUUUUUCUUUCGAGUCAAGUCUUUCCCUGGAUAGAAAACACGCUACCAAACGAAUCUGGCUACAUAUUUACUACAUAAAAGUCCAUUCCGCUCCACACAAAAUGCUUGUUUCUGCCGAAUUAUCCACGCCAUCGAUGAUGCAAUCAUCGAUACGGACUUUACGGUCCGCGUUCCCUCUUCCUAUGCCUGCGGCGGAAUUGGAACAAAUCCAAUUUCGGUCCAGCCCUCAAAAUAGGUUCGCAAUGAAACUUUUGCGCACCGAAUAAUUGAAAAAGUUGGCAGAAGCGCGUAAAACUAUAGUCAAGUGGGCUUUUAAAGUGAGGGUUUUAAUUUUCGGAGACAGCACAGGAAAUUGAUGAGUAAUGCGGGGGUCAAAUGGCCUGCUGGUAUAACAAAAUUUAUCCUCAAGUAUUUUAGAGGGAAUGAGAAAUAUUUUUAUGUAAAAAUUUUUAUUUGAAAAGACUUAAAUUUCGAGAUUUUUUAGUUUGUAUUUUGAAAUCUUUUUUUUAUUUUUCCAAAAUCUUUGAGUAAAAAGGUCAACAUUGACUCAUACAUAUUGUGGUAUUAUUUACCAGUAAACGCAUAAAACUCUGAGUCAUUUUAUUGUUUUCAGGUGACGACAUCAGAAAACUGAAUGAUCUGAAAACACAGCUCGAGGUGGAGUUGCGACGACGAUUGGAGAAAGAAGCCGAAGCCUAA